AUGAUUCGAGAUGAAUUGGGAGAUGUCAAGUUUUGUAUUCUUGUUGAUGAAGCUCAAGAUGAAUCUAAAAAAGGGCAAAUGGCCCUUAUUUUAAGAUUUGUUAAUAAUUCUGGUUUUUUGGUGGAACGUUUCUUUGAGAUUUUGAGUGUUGAUGACACAACAUCGGUAAAUCUUAAGAAAUCAAUUUCUGACAUUUUUGUUCAACAUAAUAUUCAAAUCCACAACAUGAGGGGACAAGGGUAUGAUGGUGCAAGUAAUAUGCGUGGUGAAUCGAAUGAGCUUCAAGCAUUAUUUCUUAGAGAUUGCCCAUAUGCCUAUUAUGUACAUUGUUUUGCUCAUCGUUUACAGUUAACAUUGGUUGCAGCUGCUAAGGAUGUGCCUUCUAUUUGUGAUUUACAAUCUGCUCAACAAGAAGAGAUUACAUAUAUGUUGGCUAUUGGUGAGUGUGAGUCUGGUACAGGAGCUAAUCAAAUUGGUACAUUGCAUAGACCCGGUGCUACUCGUUGGAGCUCUCAUUAUGAUUCUGUUAGGAACUUGAUAGACAUGUAUGCAACAACUUGUAAGAUCCUUGGAAAUCUCAAUGACAAUGGACCAAAUGAUUUUCAAGUGAUGGAACUAAAUUGUAGAUUCAGUGAAACAACAAUGGAACUUCUUACUCUUUGUUCAUCUUUGGAUCCUACUGAUUCAUUUAAAAAAAUUAAUGUGGGCGACAUUUGCAAGCUUGCAUCAAAAUUUUAUCCAGCUGAUUUUACUCAACAAGAAAUUCAUGCUUUGAGAGCUGAAUUGGAACAUUAUCAACUUGACAUAGUUUGUAAUCGUGAGUUUCAACAAAUUUCUACUCUUUCUGCAUUAUAUAGAGAAAUGAUUGUGACCAAAAAGGCUGAGAGUUAUGUUAUGAUUCAGAGAUUGAUUCGUCUUGUAUUGACUCUUCCUGUAUCAACUGCAAUGGCAAAGAGAGCCUUUUCAUCCAUGAAAUUUCUCAAAACGACACGUCGCAAUAAGAUGGAUGAUGAUUUACUUUAUGAUUGCAUGAUUCUCUAUAUAGAACGACAAUUGCCUGAGAAAAUAGACUUGGAAUCAGCAAUAGAUGAGUUUUAUACUCUAAAUCCUCAUCGAGCACAGCUUAAGUAG